AUGCUUUUUCAUAGUGAAAGUUUGGCUUCCGUUUUCCUUCUGGUGCUGGUAGUAGGAUCCACACCAGUUAGGGCUUCCAUCCUCGAGUACAUAUGGCCAACAGACGAAAAUGGCGAUUCUUCAACAGCAGUCGAUACUUUCCCAUCUGUACCGUACGAACUGUCUGACGGAGAGGAAAACUUUAUCCGGGAAGCCUCCAAGUGGAUUGGAAUGAACCUCUCGAAGCUGGAUAUAUGCCAUCAUAGAGUUAUUUUAAAGCUGAAAAAAUCUUGCCACGAACUAAAUGCCGAACAGAUGGGAAAGCUUGCUGUAAUGCUGCUUAACUGUCAGUCCAAUUCGGAGGGUCGUCCGGUUUUUCCUUGUACCGAUGAGAUGUCGCUCCGCCAGUGUACCGAGCGAAUGGACCCGAACACCUGGAAUGCUUACCAUCUCAUUACAAACCGUGCAAAGGCGGUGUGUGCAAGUGUGCGGCACGAACAGUUCCGUGGAUUAACGGAGCUAACGGUAAACAAGCUUAUGACCACAGCACACGACCAGGUGCGUAUGAUGGACGAGCUGGCAGACAAUCAGCAAAAGCUGCAAAGCAUCACCAAGCAGGCGAUGGACGUGAUGGAAGGCAACAAUGAGCGUAUCAUGCACCAGCAGGGUGAUAUAAUGCAACUAUCCGAGGUGCACCGUGCGAAGGUGGAGUCAAACUUUCGUGACUUGGCACGUGGAAAGGACCUUAUUAAAGCAGGCCAACAGGAAGUGGCUGUACUGUUGACGGAUCUACGGCAACGAAUCGAUGAGAGUAUGCAGCAGCUGGAAGUACAAUCGAAACGAAGUAAGCUAGAUCACGGCACGUUGCUAAGCGACCUGGAACGAUUGCAAGCGAACGCAGCAGAAAUUGCGGCCAAAAUCGAAGAAACGGGAGUUCACUUUGCACAGCACCAUCGGGUGGUUGAAGAUCAGUUCCGGUACACGUUGGAGCAGGUGCAGCGUAUCAACGCCACCGUUGCCAGCAUGCUCGAAUCGAUCCGUACGCUGCAACAGGAUUUUAGUCGCUAUCUAACGUGGCUAGUGGAAAAAAUGGGAGGUAGCGAGAAGAUUCUUCCGAAGCUGAAUGUGAUCCUCGUGCAUUUAGGUUAUCUCUUGCUUGGUAUGCUUUGUCUCGCCUUUAUUGGUGCAGAUAGGCUGUUACGUGUUGCGUUUAUUGUGGCUGUUCCUGGGAAUCUAAUUGGUGGUUUGUUGGAGCUAUUUCAAUCGGAUGUUUUACGGCUAACUGUUGCAUUGGGAUGUGUCGCUGUGAUGGAUCUGUUGGUACGUUCUGUUAUGAAGAUGGUUUCUUUACGUGCUACUACUACAAACGCAUCAAAAGUGACAGAAACAACCCACAGACAGGAACGCUCAAUGGAGGAGCAUAGGUUUUCAAACGAUCGAACACGUUCCACUGAGGAAAGUGAUGAAGUGGAUGAUGUCCAAGAAUUGCGAACGCGUCGGAAAAGCAUCACAAGAGAACAGUCGACCAGCUCCACCGUGGCAGAUUCUUUUCGGCGUAGUGUUUCGCAGUUUGGUGAUGAAUUUCGUCGACGUAAUGUGGUCCCACAGCGGGAGGGAUCUUACGUCGAACGCGUGCACUGUACGGCAACGACGCUGCGAGGCGACCGUUGCCGUGGAUUUGCACUGCCUGGUGCCGAGUUUUGCCGUUUGCACGAGCCUAGGGGACUGUGA